AAGCCAAACUUUGUUGAACUCAGUAAAUAAUGAGGAUUAUAGUGACCAAAACCUACAAGAAAAUUUUUCAGAAGAAAGUCAGCAUGUUAAUAGUGAUUUUGAAUGCAGCUUUUCUAUGGCUUCAGAUAUGUUGAGUAGCAAAUCGAAUACUUUAAAUAGCACAUCAGAUACGGAUACAUUAAGUAGCAUAUCGGAUUCUUUGAAUAGCUGUGACCAGUCAACAAUUAUGGAAGAAAUAGAACUACAAUCAGAAGUAAGAACAGAAUCUAUAUGA